UCUUGUAAUGCCAUUAAUGUUUCUUUUGACUACUCUACUAAUUCUUUUUUUUUAGAAAGAUUUUGACUAUUCUACUAUAACGUAAAAGGUUGGAGUGUUAGAUAUAACAAAUUUUCUAGCAAAAUCACAAAAGUCAUCCUUACCCAUUUGGUAUAAGGAGACUCAUCCAUGAUAAUUUAAUGAGAUGUCAUCUAAAUCUAUUGAUUUUAACAAACAUUACGAUUUUACGUUUUUAAGUAAUUCUUACUCAUUUAGUUCUACGCUUUACGAUUUGAUCCAGUUUCUAGCGAACCGCCUCCGAACGGUACCCUCUAUUUAGUAUGUGGACCUCAGUUUUCAUCUUCUCUUCUCCCUUUUCUAAUCAUCAGUUCCAGCAAUAAGCGUCAGACUAUAAGUUGUUGAAAAUUGAAAUGUUGACAAUUUUUAAAAGGCCGAAGCAUUUCCUCUUUCCCUUUGUAUCCAGAUUGGCUGCAUAUUUUCCCUCCCACCUUUUAGAGCUUUUUCAUGGCAGCCCACUUUCAAUUUCGUUGGGCCUCUCGAGCUGCCUUAAAUCCGGCCCAGCCCAUGAGUGUUUUCCCACCAUAUCCAAUCCGACCUCCGAUCGAAACCAGACGUAAUCACCUCCAUCCUUUCGAGUGGCCGUAGUUCCUCCGGCCUCCACAAUCGGCGUCGCCGACUUCUUCCUCUCCGGCCUCUCCAUCCCUUCCCGUCCACUCCUACUUGACAGAAACGAAGAAGAAGGAGAAGGGAAGCAUAAGAAGAUUUCUCUUCUUUUCAAAUUUUAGAGCAAAGAUAGUAAACUCAAGCCAUUUGUGUAUACAAACUGGACUUCGGCGAAACAAACUUCCGGGCUCCGGCCGGCCUUUUAUCUUCUGCGGAGGACGGUGACAGCUGUUGUUCCUGCCCUACUUCAUCUUGUCAGGUCGGUAUUCUCGGCUGUAAAACCUGGUUUGGUUUGAAAAGUUUGGAACUUUUUCCUCCGUGUUCUUGUGUUUCAUAACAAUGUGAGUUAGCAUUUGAUUUUAAUCUGCCGAUGGUGCAAAUGGGUCAUUGUUUGAACCUUCAGGCUUGAAUUGCUGCAGACAUCUAUGUUUGGUUCCAAAUGCAAGUCUCAAGUUGUUCAAUUCUGCCACCGGGGUAUGGUUUGUUGUUCUGAAAAUCGUUGGCUUGCUUAUCUCUUAAUCAAUGAAUUUGCAGGUGCAGAUAGAGAAUUACGUGUUAUCUAAGGUGGAGGGAGUUUGACUUUGUAAACAUGGCUUCCACAUUGUUCAGGAACGUAAUCCAAGCUCAGCCUUUGUUUCUGAAUUCAUCUGCUUUGCUUAGAAAGAUGAAUGGGGUUUUGUAUUGCACAAUGAAGAGCACCUCACAUUCACAUACUCAGACAGCCACAGAAGAAAGGCAGCAGCAGCAGCAGCAGAAGAGUCCACAAAAAAUCAAAGUUCCUCCUCAGAAGCAGAUGAAUGAAGUUAGUAGAAUUGGUGCAGAUUAUGAGGCAGUCAUUGGCAUAGAAACCCAUGUCCAGCUCUCUACAUUAACCAAGGCUUUCUGUAGUUGCCCUUACAGUUAUGGUGCCCAACCAAACACCUGUAUCUGCCCAGUUUGCAUGGGUCUUCCGGGUGCUUUGCCAGUUCUGAAUUCAAAAGUCAUCGAGUGUGCUGUGAAACUAGCCCUUGCACUGAAUUGCAGGCUCUCUUUCAGUUCCAAAUUUGACAGGAAGCAGUACUUCUACCCAGACCUUCCAAAGGGCUACCAAAUAUCUCAGUUUGAUAUCCCAAUUGCAACUGGUGGUUCUAUUGACCUGGAUCUUCCACUUGAAUUUGGUGGUGGUCAUAGGAGGUUUGGUAUCACAAGAAUUCACAUGGAAGAGGAUGCUGGCAAGCUAAUGCAUUCAGGAAAUGGGAGUUACUCGCAGGUUGAUUUGAAUAGAGCUGGAGUCCCAUUGUUAGAGAUCGUCUCAGAGCCAGAUAUGAGAACUGGCAUUGAAGCUUCUGAGUAUGCUGCAGAACUUCAAAGGGUUGUUCGGUACUUGGGAGUCAGUAAUGGUAAUAUGCAAGAAGGUUCUCUUCGUUGUGACGUGAACGUCUCAAUUCGACCGAUUGGACAGCCAGAAUUUGGGACAAAGGUUGAGAUAAAAAACUUGAACUCCUUUUCAUCAAUUAACAGAGCUAUUGACUUCGAGAUAUCAAGGCAGGUCAAUCUCCAUAGUCAAGGGCAACAGGACUCAAUAGUACAGGAAACUCGUCUUUGGGAAGAAGGCGCACAGAAAACAGUUACUAUGAGGAAAAAGGAAGGGUUAGCUGAUUACCGAUAUUUCCCCGAACCAGAUCUUCCUGAGGUUGUUCUUACAAAAGAUUAUGUAGAUAGUGUUGGUAAAUCGUUGCCUGAGCUUCCGGAAGCGAAACGUAGGAGGUACGAGGAGAUGGGGUUGAGCAUGCAAGAUGUUCUUUUCCUUGCAAAUGACAUAGCAGUGGCAGACUUUUUCGAUGCGACAAUUCAGAAGGGUGCUGAUGUGAAGCUAGCUGCAAACUGGAUCAUGGGUGAUAUUGCUGCCUACCUGAAGAAUGAGAAGUUGUCGAUAAUUGAUAUCAAACUUGUGCCCCAUGAGCUGGCUGAGCUGAUAGCUUCUAUUAAAAGCGGGACUAUUAGUGGGAAGAUCGGAAAGGAGAUACUGUUCGAACUCUUGGCCAAAGGUGGAACUGUGAAGGGACUGAUUGAAGAAAAGGACCUUGUCCAGAUAACAGAUCUUGGUGAUAUUGAGAAGAUGGUCGAUAAGGUGAUUGCAGAGAACCCGAAGCAGUUGGAACAGUACAGAUCCGGGAAGACAAAGCUACAAGGUUAUUUUGCCGGCCAGGUAAUGAAAGCAUCAAAAGGCAAGGCCAACCCGGGGAUCUUGAACAAGUUGCUCGUCGAGAAACUCAAUGCCAAAGUCUGAAGGCAACACUGGCAGAUGCUUGCAAGAAGGAAAGCCAUGUCCAACGAUAAUACGCUGCACUUCCAACACACUGCAAACAGGAUGGAAUUAGAGCCUCAAUCAUUGACAAAGUUAUGUCCAAAUGCAGAGGGUUUUAUGAUGUAUAGGUUAUUUGCUAUCUGUUGUUAAAUUGUUUAUACUAAUUUUGAUUCUUCAUGAAUGAAUAAGUUUAAUUCCG